AUGUCGGAUACGCUGUCGUUUAAGGGCAGAGUGGUUAUUGUCACGGGUGCCGGUGGAGGGCUCGGGAAAGUUUAUGCGCUCGAGUUUGCAAAGCGUGGAGCGAAAGUGGUGGUAAAUGAUCUGGGCGGGACGCUUGGUGGUGCCGGCUCCGAUUCGAAGGCCGCGGAUGUCGUUGUCGAGCAGAUCAAAAGAGAGUACAAUGGUGAGGCCGUCGCGAAUUACGACUCAGUCAACGGCGCGAACGCAGCCAACAUUGUCAAGACGGCGGUGGAUGCGUUUGGGAGAGUCGACGUGCUCGUUAACAACGCGGGGAUCCUGAGAGACGCGAGUUUCGCGAAGAUGGACGCGCAGCAGUUUGCUUCCGUGGUCGACGUUCAUUUGAACGGCGCUUACAAGCUGACUAAGGCAGCGUGGCCGUACAUGCGGGACCAGAAGUUUGGUAGAAUCAUCAACACGGCAUCCCCAGCUGGGUUGUUUGGCAACUUCGGGCAGGCGAACUACGCGGCGGCUAAGAUGGGGCUCGUCGGGUUGGCCGAGACGCUCGCAAAGGAGGGGUACAAGUACAACAUCCUGGUCAACUCGAUUGCCCCGCUGGCAAGGUCCAGGAUGACCGAGAACGUGUUGCCGCCACAUAUAUUGAAGGAACUUGGGCCAGAGAAGAUUGCCCCCUUGGUCCUGUACUUGACACACGAAUCUACAAAAGUGACAAACUCGAUCUUCGAGUUGGCCGCUGGAUACUACGGGCAAACAAGAUGGGAGAGGUCCGCGGGGCAAAUUUUCAACCCGAACGAGAAAUCUUUUACACCAGAGAGUAUCUUGAACAAGUGGGACAGUAUCACAGAUUUUAAGGACAAACCUUUCAACAAAGUGGAACACCCAUCGCAACUGGCAGACUACAACACUUUGACUGCCAAGGCUAAGCAGUUACCGCAAGAGAACGACCAGGGAAAAAUUAAGAUCAGUUCACUGGGGGGGAAAGUUGUGAUCAUCACGGGGGCCGGUGGUGGUCUUGGGAAAUCGCAUGCCCAGUGGUUUGCCAGGUACGGUGCGAAAGUUGUUGUCAACGAUAUAAAGGACCCAGACUCUGUCGUUGCAGAAUUGAACAAACAGUUUGGUGCAAAUACAGCAGUGGCAGAUAAACACAAUAUCGUCACGGAGGCUCCAAAGAUUGUCUCCACAGCAAUGGCCAAGUUUAACCGUGUUGAUAUCCUGGUGAACAAUGCAGGUAUCCUUAGAGACAAAUCGUUUUUGAAGAUGACCGAUGACGACUGGUUCUCCGUGCUACAAGUUCACCUGUUUGCAACUUUCGCCAUGUGUAAAGCAGUCUGGCCCAUCUUUUUGGAACAAGGUUCAGGGUUCAUCAUCAACACCACGUCCACUUCUGGUAUUUACGGGAAUUUUGGGCAAGCAAACUAUGCUGCUGCAAAGGCUUCAAUUCUGGGGUUUUCCAAAACUUUGGCAAUUGAGGGAGGCAAAAAGGGAAUCAGAGUAAACGUCAUUGCACCACACGCUGAAACUGCAAUGACGAAGACUAUCUUUGGUGAAAAGGAACUCUCAAACCAUUUCGACCCCGCGUACGUCUCCCCACUUGUCGUUCUGUUGGCCUCUGAAGAACUUCAGAAGAAGAACAGACGCGGCGGAGUCAAUGGUCAGUUGUACGAAGUCGGUGGUGGGUGGUGUGGUCAGACACGGUGGCAGAGAGGUCCCGGUUACGUAUCAAGAUCUCCUAACAUCCAGCCUGAAUUACUCCGCGACAACUGGAGCAAAGUGGUUAACUUCACCAAGGGUAAGAUGAUCAAUCCAUCCUCAACAGAGCAGUCCUCGAUGGCGAUUUUACAAGCUGUUCAAAAGGCUGAAAUGGAGAAUGCUACAGGUCAAUCAUCCAACCCCGGUACAGGAGCAGAGAACGUGAAAGGUGGUUUCAACUUCAAUUACAGGGAUUGCAUCCUGUACAAUUUAGGGUUAGGUGCUACUAGCAAGGAACUGAAAUACGUGUACGAGAAAGAUCCCGAUUUCCAAGUUUUACCCACGUUUGCUGUUAUCCCUUCGAUGAACAGCGUGCCAUCCCUGGCAAUGGACGAUCUAGUGGACGAUUUCAAUUAUGCAAUGCUGCUGCAUGGGGAACAGUACUUCAAACUGAACGUCUCUAAAUUGCCAACCUCGGGACAGUUGAAAACGGUAGCAAAACCUUUACAAGUCUUGGACAAAAGUGGGAAAGCUGCUGUCAUUGUCGGUGGAAUGACCACCGUAAACGCUAAAACGGGCAAAACUUUGGUUUACAAUGAGGGGACGUUCUUUGUAAGAGGUGCACAUGUACCAAAGGGGAAGGAAAUGAAGGGAGAAGGCAGAGCAAGGUUUGCAACAGAGAAUUUCAAAGCUCCUCAAGACAAAAGUCCCGAUUUCGUCUUCGAGUAUACCACGUCUGAGGAUCUUGCCGCGUUGUAUAGACUCUCUGGGGACUACAACCCACUACACAUCGACCCUUCUGUUGCCAAGGCUGUCAAGUUCCCCAAACCUAUUCUCCAUGGCUUGUGCUUCCUCGGCAUCAGUGCCAAGGCUCUGUAUGAACACUACGGUCCCUACGAAGAGUUGAAAGUAAGGUUCACCAACGUAGUCAUUCCAGGUGACAAACUAAGGGUUAAAGGCUGGAAACAGGCUAACGGUGUCGUGAUUUUUCAAACCAUCGACGUGGAUAGGAACGUUGUUGUUCUUGACAGCGCUGCGAUAAGGUUGCAAAAUGUGACCAGGUCCAAGUUGUGA